UUUCCCGCAACUCAUCUCAGUAGAUCGUUCGCCACUUGUACUAGUUAACAUAUACAAGUACUACGUACUCGGACGUGAUGGCUAACUCGACCGCCUUGAUCCUUCUGAUCUCAUCGGUCCUGCUAGCCGCAGCUGCCUACAUCCGCCGUGAGCCAGGCCACGCGGACGGAAGCUUCGCCGACGCACACCUCCACUUCUACAUGCACGACGCCUACGGCGGCCCGCGCCCCACGGCCGCGCUCAUCGUCACUGGAAGGGAGCCGCUCCCACUACCGUCUGACGACGGCGCCACCGACCAGGAGACAACCUCCUCCUCCCCGCGGAGGUUCGGCGACAUCGCCGUGAUGAACAACGCGCUCACGGAGGGGCCCGAGCGCGGCAGCGCACGAGUCGGCACGGCGCAGGGGUUCACCGUGCGCGUCGCGGAGCACGGCGCCGUGAACGACCUAAGCCUGCACCUCGUGCUCGAGGCCGGCGGGUACGGGGGGAGCUCGCUGGCGGUGAAGGGCAGGGUGGACACGGGCGCCGCGGUGCGGGAGUCCAUAAUCGUCGGCGGCACCGGCCGCUUCCGCUUCGCGACGGGCUACGCGCUGAGCAGGAGCUACGACUACGACGUCGCCAGCGGAGGAGUCGUGGAGAUCGAUGUGUCUGGGUCCCACAUGCCAUCACGUUGGAUGAAAUAGUAAAAAGAAAGAAAAGGGCGUGUUGGCAGGAUUCGAGCCCAGUGCACAACACCAAGAAUAGAUGUAUGUGCAACAUGGAGAUGCACUCCUAUUUAUAAUAAGGCUACUGGGCGGAAUAAUAAAGAAAACGUUGAUUCGUGGGAAUUCAAACUCAGGAGUUCAAUUUUUUUGUUCUUUUAACGGUACCAGGAGCUCUUUUUUUUUAGGUUUUCGGUUUUCUUUUAGGGUAGAACACUGUAGCGAGUUAGCCGAUAAACCAAACAAGGGGGGCGUAUCUGGCGCACCGGGGUAUUUGUUGCUGCCUAUGCACCGGACCCCCGUUGCACAUUCAAAUUUUUUGAAAAAAAACAAAAAUAAUUUUAGCGCCAUUCGGAAAUAAUUUAGUGCAUUAACAUAACCUUAAUGUAUGUUGUCACAAAUAAUCAAAUAAAAACAACAUUGGUCGAGAUACAAACACUCCAACCAGACAAGACAGCCCGCCCAAGCUGACAACGCUCUCAGCCUCUCCGAAGUGAACAAUUAUGAGCUAGAUGUAUAUAUAUCGUGUUGCUCUUUACCUCUUCAAGCAUUUCUAUUUUUUAUUUUACUAUAUGUGGCACUUUUAUGGGCCCGCACAAUUGUUUUUCAAUUUCAUGUUUAAUUUUUUGAUAUUAUUUUCCCUGUUUAAAAAAAAUAUGUAAGAAAAUAUUACCACUGUAUAUGGACGGAGGUACCGUAUAUGCACUAUGCGACAAGUUAUAGCACUACUUUUAUGUAUUUUGCAAGUUUGGGCACUAAACUGAUCGCAGCGGACAAGUUAAGGCAGCUAUGGGGUAUUUAACUCUCUUUUAAAAGAUUUCACUAUAGACUACAUACGGAGCAAAAUGAAUGAAUCAAUACUCUAAAAGGCGUCUAUAUACAUCCGAAUGUAGUUUCUAUAGUGGAAUCUUUAAAAGACUUACAUUUAGGAACGGAGGAAGUAUGCUGCAUGCAUGUCUGGCCGGCGUAUGCGUCGAGUGAGCAUACUGAAUUUCAACCGAUGACAUCUAGGGGACAAAAUGAAAAAAAGAGAUAAUUGCGUGAGCAACCUCACAGUUUCAAGUAUGUGUGUUUUAGACACAUGUGUUGCAAAAAUAUGCACCUUUAUGGCCUUUGGUUUUUUGUUUUCGAGAAGAUAUCCAAAGUGCUGAUAUGUAUCCUAUACCCGAUAUUUAUCAAGGAAAACAAGAGUUCAUACAAAGGAAUGACAACUCAUCACAAAACGACUUGUAGAAAGUAAAGUUACCUCGAAAAUCACAUUUGUCGUCUUCCUUUGAUUGUUAUCCGCCUACCAGAGCAUGAAACUUACUAAACAAAUAGCAAGGAAAGGGACAUCUGCUACACUCCCACCAUACAAGACUUUGAAGACGCUAUAGUCACUCACUGCGAAUAACGAGAUCUGGUAACCGUUGAACGAACAUCAGCUGGACAAGCACCCCAAGCAGCACAUGCUUGCAAUUCUUCACCAUCAAUCCAAAGGGUUGGAGAAACCGAAUCUUGCCGCUGAACAAAACAAAAGAAGAAUUCGAAGUCGCAACACUAAAAUCCAGCCAACUACUUCUCCUGAUGGGCACACCAACUACCAAGAUCCAAAUAGAGCCAAUAAAUCUGGCAGCAUCUACCCUCACUUGCCCUUUGGCAGGGUUGAGAUACUCUGCAGUACUGUACCGUGCUGUAGUGCGGAUGACACAUGGGACCGGGUCCACAUGACAGCGACCGUACUGCACGCUGCGCUACAGCAGAGGAUCCUAACCCCCUUUGGCGGGUGCGGAUCAAACAUCAUUGAUGUAGGAAGAAACCGAAGAGACUUUAGUCCAACAUGCCAUCGUCGCCACCAUCUAGUUGAUGCCACCACAGGAACAAAGUUUAAGAGAAACACGAGGACA